AUGAACUCUGCAGAGCGUUCUUACGCCAACAUGGCGCUGUCGUUUCGAGGCGCUGAACGCCAGGCACCCAGUUUGGUGAGUUUGAGCCUACGAUUCGCAGAGAUCAUGGCCGAGAAGAGCGCCAAAGGCGAUCAUCCCCCGUCUUGGAAUACAGAAAAGCGAUUGCAGAGCGUGCUGGACGAGUUUCACGCUUCCAAGCACAUGACCAGCAAGUUUGCCCUAGACGCCGAGAAGACACGGAGUAUAUUGAACCUGAUAACAGGAACUGGAUCUUUGGCCAUCCUUCAGGGCCAUUUGAAUCAUUUCAAGUGGAAGGAGUGUGCUUUCACCACCCACCACGUCUGCUCCACUCGCUGGCUCCUGCACGCCACCCGCAAGACAGAGAACCUCGACCUCAAGGCCAUGCUGACGGUGACGCCUGAGAUUCAAAUGGACACAUUGAAAAUCUUCAUCGCCCAUUAUGUGCAGAAAAUCAAGAAGGUGCGUGCCAGCGCUCGUCCCAAGUGUCGAGCCAGCGUUGAGGAGCUGGAGAGCCUUGUGGAUUACGUUGCCAUGAUGCGCGGUGUCAUGGCCGAGGCGAAGAAGGUGCAUCCCACAGAGCACGACAUCCACGAGGCUUUGAAGAAGGCCAUGCUGAGCCGAGAGUACUAUGAUGAGAUGGUGCUGGCCAGCACCAACAAAAUGCCAAACUUCAAGCUCGCGCAUUUGUCCGUCUGGCACGAGAUUGUGGACAUGCACAUGCAAGUGAAGGCCACGGGCCCCAGGGGCACAACAUCCAUUGAAGCAUUGCAGGAGGUCACGGCCGAUGCUCGCUACCAGGACUGGGAUGUAAAGUGA